GCCUGACAGGGAGCGGAGGAGACAGACCUCUGACCGGAGACAUGGAGCGGCCCCGGCCUGGGGUGGACCCUGUGGUGGAGGGCACCGAGGUCACCCUGGGGAGAAGGGUGCCGUGUAUGCUGAUCCUGAACCAGCGGGGCGGCCAGUAUGUGUUGACCAUCCGGACUCCGGGUAAAUCUGCCGCCAAUGACGAAAUCUUCCCAAUAACGAGCAGCUUCAAAUGUGUUCAAGAAGCAGAAGAGACUCUUCUCAUUGACAUUCCUACUAACAGUGGCUGUAAGGUGAGAAUCCAGGCUGACCCCUGGUCCAUGGAGCGCUUAUUCGAGAUCCCAGAUGAGGAGCGGUGUAUAGAGCUGCUGAGCGAAAUGCGUCUCGUACAAGAAGCAGGUGCCAUUCGCAGUAAACCCGUUCGACCAGAUAAAAAAGAAUCAUCGAAUUGGUACCAACCAGCAGAGACCAUACAGAGCACCCCCGGGGCCCCGCCGCAGCCCGCGCUCUCAGGGAAACUGGGGUUUGACGAUGAUUUCAGCAACUCGAAUCACGUGAAAAGGAGAAAUCUGCAAAAUCAACAGCAGGGAUCGCGGAGAGAACCCCCGCCACCUCCGCCGCCGCCGCCCCCGGACAGAGCGCCGCCUCGGGACAGGGACCUGGACGGCUGGGGUCGACCCAAAAUGAGCAACAGUAUGAGGAAGCUCCUGGUUCCUGCCAGCCAGUCCGGGCAGCGAGAAGGGUUAAUCAAGCACAUCCUGGCGAAGAGAGAGGUGGACUACGUCAAUAUAGAAAACUACAGAUUCUUUAUAGGAACCUGGAAUGUGAACGGCCAGUCCCCUGAUGGUGGGCUAGAGCCGUGGCUGCACGCCGAUCCAGACCCUCCAGAUGUAUACGUGGUCGGUUUCCAGGAGCUGGACCUCAGCACUGAGGCUUUCUUCUACUUUGAUUCGGGGAAGGAGCAGGAAUGGCUGGAAGCGGUGGAGAGGAGCCUGCACCCCAAGGGCAAGUACUUGAAGAUCCGCCUGAUCCGUCUCGUAGGGAUGAUGAUGUUGGUUUUUGCCAAAAAGGAACAUUACCGUCACAUUCAGGAGGUCGCAGCCGAAUCUGUGGGAACUGGAAUCAUGGGGAAAAUGGGUAACAAGGGCGGGGUGGCCGUGCGCUUCGUCUUCCACAACACGUCCUUCUGCUUUGUGAACUCUCAUUUGGCGGCUCACGUGGAGGAUUUCGAGAGGCGGAACCAGGACUAUAAGGACAUCUGCGCGCGGCUGAACUUCUAUCUUCCAGAGCAGAACAACCUCUCCUUAAACAUCAUGAAGCACGAUGUUGUCAUCUGGUUGGGAGACCUGAACUACCGGCUGUGCAAGUACGACGCCACCGAGGUGAAGAACAUGAUCUCCAGGAACGACAUUAUCACGCUGCUGAAGUUUGAUCAGUUGAACAUCCAGCGGGAUCUGAAAAACGUCUUUGCUGAUUUCGCGGAAGGCGCCAUCAGUUUUAUCCCCACAUACAAGUACGACACUAAGACAGACCGGUGGGAUUCAAGUGGUAAGUGCCGGGUGCCCGCCUGGUGUGACCGUGUUCUGUGGAGGGGCAGCAGCGUCAAGCAGCUUAAGUACCGCAGCCACAUGGAGCUCAAAACCAGUGACCACAAGCCCGUCAGCUCGCUCUUCAGCAUCGGGGUUAAAGUUGUGGACGAACGGAAAUACAGGAAAUCGUUUGAGGACAUUGUGCGGAUGAUGGACCGGAUGGAGAACGAUUUCCUGCCGUCCUUGAAGCUGAGCAGAUCAGAAUUUAAGUUUAAUCAAGUGCGAUUCCGGCAGCUCCAGAAAGAGAAGUUUGUCAUCCAGAAUGACGGUCAGGUCCCCUGUCACUUCUCCUUCAUCCCCAAACUGAAUGACUCCCAGUACUGCAAACCCUGGCUGCGAGCCGAGCCCUGCGAGGGCUACCUGGAGCCAAAUGAGUCGGUGGAGAUCAGUUUGGACGUGUACGUCAGUAAAGACUCGGUGACGUUACUCAACUCAGGUCAAGACAUGAUUGAGGACAUCCUGGUCCUUCACCUGGACCGGGGCAAAGACUACUUCCUCACCAUCAGUGGCAGUUAUCUGGUCAGCUCCUUCGGGACGUCUCUAGAAGCCUUGUGCCGGAUGAAGCGGCCGAUCCGGGAAAUCCCAAUCACUAAACUCAUCGACCUGGGAGAAGACAGCUUCUCGGAGAAGGAGAAAGCUGUGAUGCAGAUGUCGGAGGACGUGGACGGUACUACUGACAAGCCCCUGAAGAUCCCGAAAGAGAUGUGGCUGCUGGUGGAUCACCUGUACAAGCAUGCCUGCCGCCAGGAAGAUCUCUUCCAGACCCCGGGAAAACAGGAGGAACUGCAGCAAAUCAUUGACUGUUUAGACACCAGCAUCCCGGACAACAUCCCUGGAAGCAACCAUUCUGUAGCCGAGGCGCUGCUGAUCUUCCUGGAGGCGUUACCAGAGCCGGUGAUCUGCUACGAGCUCUACCAGAAGUGCAUCGACUGCUCACACGACACGCGGCUCUGCCGGCAGGUGAUCUCCAAACUUACGCGUUCUCACCGUAACGUAUUCCGAUACUUGAUGUCGUUCCUGCGAGAGCUGCUGAAGUUCACUGCCGAUAACAACCUGAACGCCAACCUGAUUGCUACUGUGUUCACCAGUCUCCUCCUGCGGCCUCCACCAAACCUCAUGGGGAAGCAGACGGCGAGCGAGCGUCAGCGGGGGAGCGCUUUCAUCCUGGGCUUCCUGCUGGCGGCCGACGAGGAAUGAGCCAUUAUUAUUCCCCCUGGAACUUCUUCGAAGGAGUAAAAUAUACGGCACAAGACUGAGAGCUGCGGCUCCGGAGGGAGGUGGCGGGGACACCGCAGAGAGCGGAGACCCUCUACCUGGCAGGGGCGAGACACGGGUCACCUCUUGGGGGAUGUUAUCCUGGACAUUUCGGAUAUUUCACGUGUUGUCACUGGUGCCAUAGUCCAUGUCCGUUGUAUGUUCCUUAUUUAAGUGCCCUUGCUCCGUUCCGCGGCGCUUUGUCACGUGUCUGCCCCCAUUUCAUCUUAUUUAUACACUCGAACAGAUCGCAACGAGAGCGAAUCUGACUAAUCCAUUAUGAUGAAGAAAACUCUCCAGUGAAUUAAAUUAUUGCCGGUCCUUGGAAAACUGGGUGACAACCAAUAUGGCCGCCACAGCAACUCCACAAGUUAUCGCCCAGCUGUAAGGGCGGCCAUGUUGGGGGGGGGGGGUGACAGUCACCUAUCUUUCCCAGAGCGAAGAAACAGCUCAUGGACUCCACUUGACAGAAGACGUCUCGAGGAGUUGUAUUUACUGGGGACUUUUUUCAUUUUUUGGUCUUUUUUUUUUUUUCUCUCUCUCCAUAGAAGCUCACACAUUUUGUUGAAACACUAGCCGACUCCUCUAAGCCUCCCCGAUCCUGGGCUUGUCUUGUGCGACACACACUUAACACCCUUGAGUCUGGAGGCUCAGGUAGAAAAAUGGCGCUGAUGUGUCAAAAAAAA